GAGCCCGCGGCCGCGGGAAGAUGCGGGCGCUGCGGCGGGCGCUGCGGGUGUCGCCCCGCUCGCUGCUGGCCUUCCUCUUCCUCUUCUCGCUGUCCUCGUCCGGCCUCUACUUCGUCUACGUGGCCCCGGGCCUGGCCAACACAUAUCUCUUCAUGGUACAAGCUCGAGGAAUGAUGUUGAGAGAAAAUGUGAAGACAAUAGGCCACAUGAUCAGGCUUUACACGAACAAGAACACGACCACGCUCAACGGCACAGAUUAUCCUGAAGGCAGUAAUUCAAGUGACUACCUUGUUCAGACAACAACGUACCUUCCGGAAAACUUCACAUACUCUCCAUACCUCCCCUGCCCAGAAAAACUGCCGUACAUGCGGGGAUUUCUCAAUGUCAACGUGAGUGAAGUGAGCUUUGAUGAGAUCCAGCAGCGCUUCUCCAGGGAGUCAGACAUUGAGCCGGGGGGACACUGGAGGCCGAAGGACUGCAAGCCCCGGUGGAAGGUGGCCGUUCUCAUCCCCUUCCGCAAUCGUCACGAGCACCUGCCCAUUUUUUUCCUGCAUCUGAUUCCAAUGCUCCAGAAACAGCGGCUGGAAUUCGCCUUUUAUGUCAUCGAACAGACCGGCUCGCAGCCCUUCAACCGCGCCAUGCUCUUCAACGUGGGCUUCCGGGAGGCCACGCGGGACCGGGCGUGGGACUGCGUCAUCUUCCACGACGUGGACCACCUGCCCGAGAACGACCGCAACUACUACGGCUGCGGGGCGAUGCCCCGGCACUUCGCGGCCAAGCUGGACAAGUACAUGUACAUCCUCCCGUACAAGGAGUUCUUCGGCGGCGUCAGCGGGCUCACCGUGGCGCAGUUCCGGAACAUCAACGGCUUCCCCAACGCCUUCUGGGGCUGGGGCGGCGAGGACGACGACCUGUGGAACAGGGUUCACUUCGCCGGGUACAACGUGACGAGGCCGGAGGGAGACCUGGGAAAGUACAAAUCCAUUCCGCACCAUCACCGGGGGGAAGUCCAGUUUUUAGGGCGGUACAAGCUGCUGAGGUACUCGAAGGAGCGCCAGUACAUCGACGGGCUCAACAACCUGGUCUGCGCGCCCAGCGUCCUGGUGGACAGGCUGUACACCAACAUCUCUGUGAACCUCACGCCCGCGCUGGCGCCCAUCGGAGACUACUGACGGCGUGGCCCGCGGCCGCCUGGACGGCCAUGCUGACCAUGCACACGGGUGUGCUCCCACCGGGGGUUCGUGGUGGAUGUGGCCCGGGCCCGUCAGGCAGAGGAGCCGACUGUCCCCGGGGACCAGUGUGGGGUUGUCUACAGCAGCCUCCUCCCUCCCAUCCCGAGACGCCCCCUUCCCCCGCCCCCCAGCGAGCGCUGCAGAGACCGGGUGCCAUCACUAAGACUGCAGAGAAAGACACUUUUAUACUGAGACCUAUCAUCUCACUCAAGAGAAUGCUUUAUUUCUGUCCAAACAUACUUUGUACAUAGGGGAUUACAUGGAUGUGUUUAAACUGUUGAACCAUAAGACUGUGUUGGCAGUUUUGCAUGUCAUGGCCUAUGCCUUUAUUGGACUUUCAUAAACGUUUUUUAUUUGCAUGGAAACCAGCAGUGUACGUUUAGGAAACGGAACAAAGGUCAGCCCCUGUGGGACACGAAGGAACUGUCAAUGAUUGGCAGCCGGCGACUGCGGUCAACUGUCAUCCUGGUUUUGAGCUUUCGACCUUCAGCCUCCGUGUGGGGAGAAGGCAGCUCUCUAGGCCCCGAGGACGGAAGAACCGUCUCAGGCCGCCUCCCUGCCUGCCUGCCAGGAUUGCCCUCGUUUGCCCUUGCUUGCAAUCUCCUCAGAUUCUGCUAAAAUCACCACCACUGCAUGACUAAUGCCGAGAAACAUCUCAAAAGUUGUGGUGUGACAUGAGAUCCAGCACCUCUUCAUGUUCAAUGCUUUUCAUGUACCUCUGGUGUUAAGUGUCAGGGAUUUUGUGCCUCA